CUUGCCCCUCCGAUGGCCGUACAUCGCGCAAUUCGUCCUUAUUGCUUCCCCGGGAAAACUUUCACGUAAGAUAAAAUGCAUGAAAGCUGGGGGCGAGCUCUUCCUCGGGCCUUAUCGCCUCGCCCGCGAGUGAUCGCCUUGCGGCCAACCUUGUGAUGCUGUACAAAGUACCCACGAUGAGGACAUGUCCGGCCCACAUUCAAACAGACAUGGGCCGUUCAACUACACCUCAUAACCAUCACUUCAUGUCAUAUUCUCCUUGCUCGUUUCUUCAAGUCAUUCAUUUGCAUUCCAGAACCUCUCAUUCCCUCCGUCUGAAGCCUGAAGUAUUUCGAGAUGGUCUCUACUAAUGGGACGAACGGUACUAAUGGCCAUGUGGUCCCUCAAAUCGUCCAUCGACACCCACUUGAUCAGUUGAGUGGCGACGAAGUCAAGGUCGUUCGACAAGCAGUUAUCAACGCUCGGAAGGCUGCCAUCUUGUUUCGAAAUGUCUACACCUUUGAGCCAGCAAAGGCUGAGCUGGUCAAAUUCCUAAAUGCCGAACACGCUGGAACUCUAUCAGCAGAAACUCCCCGGCCGCCUCGUCAAGCUCGUGCUCAAUAUGAUGUCGUCUACGAGGAUGGAAGCCAUGAAUACAUGGAGUCCGUCAUCGAUAUUGCCUCCGAGAAUGAAGUUAGCAUGAGGAAACCGGAAAAGGGCCUUCAGCAGUCACUUACCAUGGAUGAGUUUCAAGAGUUCAGCCGUGUCUGUGUGGAAUCGGACAUGUUCAAGAAGGCUGUCAAGGAGCUUAAUCUCGAUGCAGAGAAGUUCGACAUCGCCAUCGACCCUUGGCCGUAUGGCGGACCGGACCCUGGCGAGGUCACCCCUCGGUACACCCAAGGCUUAUGCUUUGCCAAAUUGCGCAAUGAGAACCCAGACACGAACCACUACGGAUAUCCUCUGCCGAUCAUUCCAGUCAUGGACACUUAUAAGCAGGAGAUCAUUCGCAUCGAUCGUCUAGCUACCGGCGGCGUGGAGAACGGAUUGAAGUAUGGUACCGCUAAGACAAACGUGCUCGAGCACUGCCAGCCCGCCGAAUACGUGCCGGAGCUGCUGGACACUCCUCUGCGCAAGGAUCUCAAACCACUGAAUGUGUUGCAACCCGAAGGCCCUUCUUUCACCGUCAGCGACGAUUCCCUUAUUGAAUGGCAAAAAUGGAGGUUCCGAGUUGGAUUCACUCCUCGGGAGUGCGCCGUCAUUCACGAUGUCACUUAUGAUGGUCGAAGCGUCCUCUACCGUCUCAGUCUGUCAGAGAUGACGGUUCCUUAUGGCGACCCUAGGCCACCUUUCCAGCGGAAGCAGGCUUUCGAUUUUGGUGAUGCUGGUGCUGGCCGAGCUGCCAACAAUCUGGCACUGGGAUGUGAUUGUCUCGGAGUUAUCAAGUAUAUUGAUGCCAUGCUUGUCAAUGCAGAAGGCCAGCCAUCCGUGUCGAAGAACGUGGUUUGUAUCCAUGAGCAGGACAAUGGUAUCGGCUGGAAACACACUAAUUUCAGAACCAACCGGGCUGUGGUGACGAGAAAUCGAGAGUUGGUUGUUCAGUUCAUCAUCACAUUGGCGAACUACGAGUAUGUUUUCGCUUACAAGUUCGACCAGGCUGGAGGUAUCACCCUGGAGACACGCGCUACUGGAGUCGUCUCAGUUGUCAACAUCGAUCCCGGCAAGGUUAGCCCCUAUGGCAACGUCGUGUCGCCUGGUGCCCUUGCACAAAACCAUCAGCACAUCUUUGCUGUACGAAUUGAUCCUGCUAUCGACGGACAAGCAAACACUGUAUUUACGGAGGAAUCGAUGCCCAUCCCGAUGAACCCGGAGACCAACCCAUUCGGCAAUGGAUAUGAAGUCGUGCGCAAACCCGUGACGAAGUCGACCUGGAUUCAAGCCUCUCCGUUCACCAAUCUGACGGUCAAGAUGGCAAACACCAACAAGAUCAACCCUAUUUCUCAGCGACCCGUUGCAUACAAAUUCAUCCCGUCGCCAAGUCAACUGCUGCUGGCGGAUCCAGAAUCUAUAAUGGCCAAGAGAGCAGCUUUUGCACAGCACCACAUUUGGGUGACGAAAUACAAGGACGAAGAGCUCUUUGCCGCAGGCGAGUUUACCAAUCAGUCACAAAAGGAAGUAGGCGGUGUUUCAGACGCCGUGGCUCGUAACGACGAUGUCGAGAACGAUGAUGUGGUUGUAUGGAACGUCUUCGGUCUCACGCACAACCCGCGCGUGGAGGACUGGCCUGUCAUGCCGGUGGAAAUACAUCAGCUUGAACUCAAGCCGGCUGACUUUUUCGAGAGGAAUCCUGCAUUGGAUGUCCCUGGGAGCAAGAACGUCAGUUCCGUUGAGUUUGGACGAGAUGCGAAUGGCGCUUGCUGUAAGGCUGAUGACACGAAUGGCACCAAUGGUCACAGUAAUGGUGACGUCCAGGCUGCUCCGACCUCACAUUUGCAGGGGACAGACACUAUCCCUGUCUCGCAAGUCAACGGUCAAAAUGGUCACUAGUGGUUGGUGAUAACGAGAUCGUUAGUAAUAAUGAAUACACACAUGCCGCAAGGCUGAGGCACCUGAUGCAACAUGUAGUGGUUGAUACUAAAAAUCCGCAGGCGUCAAGGAAGCCUAUUACAGGCAUUUGGCGAUCUAAAAUCCGGGGAAUUCGGCUUGUCGGUUCGCUCCGGAUCUGCCAAUAAGUGGCUUAACUUCGGGCUUGGAUAGGCAAUGCGUCAUCAUUGUCGCCUGCGACCUUUCGUGGUCGCUGAUUA